ACCAACCCUCUUAAAAUGAAGUUACUCUUUCUUUGCUGUUUGAACUCUACCACUGGCCUCUCAUUUUUUGUUUCAGCAUUUUCUUCCCAUUAGGUUGUUUGGUAUAGCUGAGAUCUUCACAAUUGAGUCUUGGAAAUGGAAUUGCAGCUUAUUUUCCUUCUCAUUAAGCUACAUUUAGUUUUCAGUACUCCACUGCUUCAUGAAUAUGCAGCCACCCAUUUGCACCAUUUGAGAAUCAGAAGCCAUUCAAGUUUUGCAUUCUCACCAUCAAAUCCAUCAUCAUCUAGAGCUUCUACAAACACUGCACUUCCACCUUCCAACAAGGCAUUCCCCAAAGUUCCUACAAAGAGAUGGACACAUAGUCCUGUGGAUUCUCCAAUAUCAAACCACAAGCAUCACUAUUCAAGAAUUAAGUCCAGAAACCAAACUCCUGGACCAAACUACCCUAUCCAUCAUCAUACUCAUACUCAUCAAGGUCCUCCGCUCAUCGAAUCAUCGCAUUCGUCUUCUUCACCAAUGAUCAGCCAGGGUUUUCAUGCACCUGCAACAUCACCAGCAGCUCUACCAAACCACUUGAGAAAUUGCAUGUUGACUUGCUCAGAGCCUUUGACAUAUACACCUCAUGGAUCGCCUUGUGGUUGUGUAUGGCCACUUCAAGUUAAAAUCUGCAUAGGCCUUGCAGUAUACAAGUUUUUUCCUUUGGUUUCCAAGCUAGCCGAUGAAAUCGCAGCCAGCAUU